AUGACAUCAAUCAUCGCCAACUACCUCUACCUCGACGGCACAGUUGUGCGAGAGUAUAUCAUAGGAGCUGAUGGAGCAGGCAUUGUCGUCAAUCGAGGAGGUUAUGCCGUCAAAAUCCCCCGGAUAUCAAAGAUUAUCGAGAUAGACGGGGUGCCGUAUAACAAUGGGAGGUUAACUCCUGAGGAAGGCGAUUAUGACGAGCGCGUCGCCGCCAUCCGAGGGUUUGAACGAGAAAAGGCCAUCUAUAGAAGGCUUGGAGUUUAUCCGGGAAUCAUUCACUGCUACAACCUCGUCUCCGACGACCCUUCGAUCCAAAUGCCCUUGAUGACUCAAUAUUUGGCCAAAAGUCGACCAGAUCGAGCGACGUAA